ACCUUGGAUCAAGUAUAUAUUUUUUCAUUAUUGAUGACUAAUAAUUCUCUAGUUAUUUCAUUUUAUUCUCUCUCUCUAGAUUAACACCAUGAAAGCAGCUCAUUCUCACAACCAUCAAUCACAAAAAAGAAGCCAUUCACUAUUUUCUUGUGCUUUUUUCCGUCAUUGUACUGAUUCUCCUCUUAGUCCUACAACCCCAACUCGCUCAGCUCCGUCGCAUUUUCCGGCGUCACUUCCUCUCCAACCACCGGUUCCGCCACCGCAGUUAACAAGUCAAAAUUCUGUCCAUGCAAUAAAUAUUCCACCACUUCAUAAUCACAACAACCAUGGUAAAACUUCUGAAUCUGAAUCUUCUUCAUCUUCAACUUCUCAGAGUUUUACUCAAUGGAGGUUUCCCCCUACAUUUCCUCAUCCUCCACCGGAAUUCUCUCCGCCGCCACAGAUGGUGGUUUCCCCGGCGAGUUUGCCGGAAAAGAAAAAAGGGUUUCAGUUUUCUGACCUUAUGGAGCUUUUUCACAUGGCGGAGCUCCAUUUUACAUCUGGGUCGGAAUCAGACUGUCUUACAGCACUCCAUAUGUUAGAACAGUCACUUGUCCCGAACCCACCAUCCGAUGCGGUCCCUGAAAGUGGGGCCUCAGUGGUUGUCCCGGCAGUGGUGGUGGAGGGGGUGGUCCGGGAAAUGACCCGGGCCACCUUGUCAAAACCCGCUACUAAAGUGCUCCUAGCACUUUGCUUGGCGGAAGGAAACCGCCGUGUUGCGGUGGAAUGUGGGGCGCCGUCACAGGUGGUGGAUGCAUUGGCGGACCUUGAUGGGGCGGUGGCGGAAAGGGCUUUAGCGGCGUUAGAGCUUAUGUGCACGGUCCCCGAGGGGGCUGCCGAGGUGCGAGCACAUGCAUUGGCGGUGCCAAUGCUGGUGGCGACAAUGGGGAGGAUGGAAGGUCGAGGGCGGGAGUACGCGAUUAGUGUGCUCACCGCUGUAUAUGGUGGCGGGGAUGAUGAUCACCAAGUGUGGGAAGCAGCCCCACCAGAAGAGGUGGCACGUGCGGUGGUGUUGGCCAUGCAACAAGGGGAUUGUAGUGCUAGAGGGAAAAGGAAAGGUGCUCAACUUCUAAAAGUUCUUCAAGAAAAUGGGAGGGUAGAUUUAACCCAAUAAUUAAUUACUUAUGAUGCAUCAUUAUAUAUAUUAAGAUUAAGUAAUUGAAGAAACCGCAGAUAUUCUAUUAAAAUCACGAGUUGAAUGGUUGAAGAUUUUCUCAUAAUUAUAGUUUACUUUAUGGUUAUCACUGCUUAUGCAUGUUGAUUUUUUAAAUUGUUGUAUAGUUAGGGGGUGUUUGGCACGUGGAAAUGAGAAUUAUGAGACUAUAAUUGAGACUUUGGAAUGAGACUUGAAUUUAGACUUUGAAAAUAAAUGUUUUAUGUCCUUAUAACUUUUAGUUUACUUUCAUUAAAGGCAAAAAUGUCAUUUUUAUAAAUUUUCCAAGUCUCAACUCUAAAUACCACCCUCCUUCAAAACUUUCUUUUGUGUGACUUUCCAUUCCCGAGCCUCAACUCAUAUCUAAGUCUCAACAUUAGUCAAUUUUCGUUCCCCUUAAACAUACAAGGGACUUUUUAUAAUUUCACCCUAAAAUUUCAAUCCCCAACUUCAACUCCCUCCAAACACACCCUUAAUGUCUGUUAGAGUAAUAGUAAUAUAUAAUUACAGAUUAUAUUUGAAAUUAAGUUCAGCUUGCAAAUAGAGAGAAAAAAAGAUAAAAAAAUAUUUGUGAUAUGAUGAUAAAUGUUAUUCAACGUUUAUUAUCUCAUGUAUGUUGACGAAUUUCAUGUAUAAAAAGGAAAGUUGUAAUUUA